UGUCGUGACUCGUGAGUGUCGUCAGUAGCUUGCGUGUCCCAGUUGGAGAAGGUAGUAGAAAAUUCGCUCAGCAUCUCAGCGUUUUGGAGUGUGUGAUAACUGUGAUUCAUCUUCCUGUUUCGGGCAGAAAUGGCGAACUCACCCCUGGAACUUCCCGUUCUGACGCUGGACGAUGUUAAACUUCAAAAAAGGAUCACAUCGAGACUGUCGUGCCUGGUCCUGGGAGAGAGCCACAGGGAGCACCUAAAGGAGGUCUUCGUACAGGAGAUGGCGCGUGGUCUCGAGGGCAAGCCAAGUGAACCUUCCUCGCUCUUCAUGGAAGACACGUUCUUGCCCGACCUGCCUAAUGGCAAAGAAGAAGGAGAUUUUCUUGCCCUGGACUUGGGAGGCACCAACCUGCGUGUGCUGCUCAUCACCCUGAAGGCUGGCCAAGUCACUGACGAGAUCCUCGAGUACUACACAGUUCCCGAGUGCAUACGUUACGGUCACGGCAGCGCUCUCUUCGACUUCCUCGCAUCCAGCGUUGAAAGCUUCCUCAAGAAGCGCAACCUCAACAGCAAUAAAUACAACAUGGGUUUCACAUUUUCGUUCCCGAUCCACCACCGUAGCCUGCGGUCGGGAGAACUCAUCAAGUGGAGCAAGAGUUUCAACUGCCCCGGCGUCGUGGGCCAGGACGUGGUUGCUUUAUUGGAAGAAGCCCUCGCGAGACGCAAGCUCGACAAUAUAGCAGUCGUAGCAAUCCUAAAUGACACUACAGGCACUAUGGUCCGUGGAGCGUAUUUAGAUCAUCAAUGCGCAAUGGGGCUCGUCUUAGGGACAGGCAGCAACUGCUGCUACGUGGAGAAGCCCGAAAACUUCAAGAAACAGAGCAACGGCAACGAUACCACCAAAUUGAAAGUCUUGAACGUUGAGUGGGGCGCGUUCGGAGACAAUGGCGUCCUGAACUUCAUGCGCACUCAGUGGGACAUCAGCGUCGACCGAAAGUCUCUCUUGGCCGGCUCGUUUACGUUUGAGAAAUACUUCGGAGGGAAGUGCCUGGGUGACCUAGUGAGGGAAUGCCUUGUUACGCUCGCUGAGGAAGGCUUGUUCUGCACGGGCCCUUCCGAGACCCUCCGCACUGUCGGCUCCCUGCACACCAGCCAGGUCUCCACCCUAGACGGAGAAGGCCUAAUUGGUCGCGUUAAGGAGACUGAAGAGAUUUUGCAAGCUUUGGGUUUGUGUUACACGGAGAAGGACGUCAAAAUCGCGCAGUACGUGGCCGGGCUGUUUUCCUACAGAGGCGUCGUACUCAUCUCUGUCUUGACCGCAACCUUGCUGCAGAAGAUGGAGCGGCCUCACGUCGUGAUCGCGAUAGACGGGUCGCUCUACGAAUUCCAUCCGCGCUUCCGACCGCUCAUGAUCAAACUAAUUGGAGACAUGGCUCCCGACCACACCUUUGAGCUGCGACUCUCCAGGGACGGGAGCGGCAAAGGGGCGGCUCUCGUAGCUGCUAUUGCGUCCCGCUGCGCAUCUGAAUAAAUUAGUUAGUAACGUAAUACUGUUGAGCAAACUACUUCGGUAAAUGAGUAGAACCAGCAGAGAAGUAACUACGACGCUUUUAACCCACUAUUCAAGUCGAAAAGGCAAUUACCAAGGCGUGGUAAGCCUCUUACUGCGACCCAUGGUUUGGGGAGCUUUACAGCUUGGUCAUGGCAAGCGUACUAGAUUUUCCUGGAAUAUUUUAAUGUUGUUAUUUACUUACAAAUGAUAAACGAGAGAGAGAACAGAUUCAUUUCAAAUGCGAGUUGAUGUGUCUUCGGAAAUAUAUUAAAUAUAAGGAGCAUUAACUUGCAAA